AUGUCUUUCACCAAUCAUGACCAGAUCUUCGCCGAAGCGUUCAACAACGCCAACAACCUCAGUAUCAAACUGCCCGACAUCGACAUCAACAGCAUUAUCCAAGCGAACUACUCAGUGAACCCACCGAGCUUUUCUAUGACCAAAACGCAACUCUGGGACAUGGAAUGUCGCAAAGCAGCUGCACCAGACAAAUAUAUUCCAAAUCAGGUCAGAUCCGCUGAGAAAUUUCCAUCUUUGGUUGACGCCCAUUUCGAGUAUUUCACUCGGAUUAGCGAACAGAAAACCUGGAAGGACCCGUCGACGACUGUCAUGGUAAUCGAAAAUGUUAAAAUCGAUCAUAAAAACCAGGUGGUGACAUUUAUCGGCGCUGAGAAGUUCACGACACCAGAUGAGCGGCAUAUUGUUGCGGGAAGCGGUCAGCCCUUGUUCAAUGUGGAACACGGAGUGGUCGGAGAUGAAGAGAAUCGGCCAUUCAACACGUGGCGAAUUACCCUCUUGGCCAUGGGAGAGGAUGAUCCCAGGAAGUGGAAGGUUCUUACGGCUAUGACUGAGAACAAGUAUCUCCCUGAAUAUGUGGAGAUUUAUAUCAGGGAAGUGUUGGGUGUUUCCUUGCUUAGGAGGGAGGAUUGA